AUGGUGCUGGAUGAGAAUGAGCAGAAGGCUCUAACUGAUUUAAAGAGAAAAAGGGGUGUAAUAAAGGCUUCUCUCACACGUAUUCGUACAUUUGUAACCAAGUUUGAUCCAACGCAGCAGGCCGUAUCGUUACUCGAGUUUAGGCAAGAAGAGCUGCCACAAAUCAACCGAAAAUUUGAUGACGUACAGUCGCAGAUAGAGUUGCUUGUUGGGGAGGAAGAGGCUUCUGAGGUAGAAAGGGAAAAUUUUGAGCAAGAUUAUUUUGCAAUUAGGUCUCAGAUUCAGGAACUAACUAGCUUGGAAAGGCCUCAUAAUUCAACAGCAGUCUAUGCUUCAUUUGCAGCUAUGAGUACCCAUCGACAUCAGUUACCACCUAUUCCGCUUCCAAAAUUCAGCGGUAACAUCCAAGAAUGGGCUUCAUUUUUUGAUGUAUUUCGAGCGAUGGUUCAUAACGACGAUAGUUACACCGCAGCACAGAAAUUUUUCUAUUUGCGAUCAUGUUUGGAAGGUCAAGCUUUGGAGCUCGUCCGUUCAAUUCCAGUCAGCGAUGGAAAUUACGAAGCGAUCAUCUGUCAGCUUAUUCAACGAUACGAUAAUCAUAGUCUUGUGGUGCAAUCUCAUAUCCGCUCCAUCCUCGACUGCCCUAGAGUAGAAGAAUCAAGACCUUCCACUUUACAAGGACUAUAUUCUACAGUUUCCACUCAUGUUGCAGCAUUAAGAUCGAUGGGUCAGCCUGUGGACCAGUGGGAUGCCUGGCUCAUUACAAUCGUCACUAGCCGAUUAGACAGGAGUACGGCGCAUGGAUGGCAAUUGCAUCAGCGCAACUCGAGGCUCCCGAAAUAUUCGGACUUGGAAAUAUUUAUAGCAAGUCGUUGCACUGCUAUAGAAACUUCAGAAGCUUGCACGUCGACGUGGGAAAGUAGUUGUGAAGUUCAAGCAAAGGGUUCAGGCUCUAAGAAGACUACAUUGAACAGUGCAACAAAAAGGGCACUCAUUUCUGCAAAUACCAAGUCGGCACGUCCAUGUCCUUGUUGUUCCGAGAGUCAUAGGCUGUUCAUGUGUGAGCAAUUCAAAGGCCUUUCGGUAUCGGAACGUCUAAACAUGGUGAGGGCGUCCCAGCUAUGUUUCAACUGCUUAGCACCAUUUCAUGCUUCGGAAAAUUGUAGAUCAAAGUAUACGUGCUUAAAAUGUAAACAGAAGCACAACACGCUCCUGCAUCAUGAGAAGCAUACGACUAUCGCCAGCAACAACGGGAAUAACGACCAAUUUGGCGAUAACACUCCUACUACAUCAGCGCAACACUCAAGUAACAUAGCAGCCCUUGCCACAGCAGGAGGAGGUCAUGUAUUCCUUUCCACAGCAUCUGUCCUGGUUACAGACAACAACGGUCAAUUAAGGAAAUGUCGCGUUAUACUGGAUAACGGAUCGCAAAUGAAUUUUGUGUCCAAAAAUUUCGCCAAGUUGUUGCAACUUCCACGUCAUAAAACAAUGGUGCCGGUAAGUGGAAUUGGAGCCGGUCAGAUACAAUCAGUCUCUUGUAUAUCUGUUAAAGUAACAUCUCGUGUAAAACAGUUUGAAGUAGAUUUGGUUUGUCAUGUAUUGCCAGUAGUGGUUGAUUGCUUACCUAAUUGUCCAAAACCAGCAAGCGGAUGGGACAUACCAGAAGACCUGAGACCGGAGCUGGCUGAUCCUUUCUUUGACGUUUCGGGAAAGGUUGACCUACUCAUCGGCGGUGGAACAUUCUUCGAUCUAUUCGAGCCAAAAAGAGUUCGGUUGCCAGCUAGAGGUGUCUGCUUGCAAGAUUCAAAGUUUGGUUGGGUAGUAACAGGAGAAAUUGGCACUACCUCGCUUUUAGCUACAUGCUCUAUUGGACAAGCACGUGAGGACAAAUUUAGAAUUUUAUGUAAGGAUGAGCUUGAGGCAUACGGAGCAUCAUCCAAGUCCAAUAAGAAAUGCAUUGAAGAGCAGAGAGCUCUAAAGCAUUUUGAGGAAACCGCGAAUCGAGACGAGACGGGCCGGUUUGUGCUACGACUUCCAUUGAAACCUGAAAAAUGUAAACUUGGAAGCACGCUAGAAAUGGCCACCACUAGAUUCCUGAGUGUUGAGCGAAGGCUUCAGAAGGAUGAAGAACUGAAGAGGCAAUAUAUAAAUUUCAUGGAGGAAUAUUUGAAAAUGGGCCACAUGAAAAAGGUGUGUCAAGAUUUAAAUCCACCCGAAUAUGUUUUCUAUCUUCCCCACCAUCCAAUAAUUAAGUUGUCAAGCCUCACAACGAAACUGCGAGUAGUUUUCGACGCAUCGGCUAAGAGCUCUUCGAAUAUCAUCAGACUGUUGAGCUGUAUGGUUGUGCUGUACUUUACUCUGUGCGUUAUCUUUUUCUAA